AUGUGCAAUGUGGAGCGUUCAGCUUUAGCACCCUUCCGGUGCCUAGCUGCCAUGCCACCUGAAAGAAGCACGAGGGCUGGGAUACUGCCAGGUUGCCCAAGCCUAGACAGGGGAAGUCGGGUGGCGGGGGUCGGAUUCGAACCACGGACAUUCCGGUCAGUAAAUCCGCGCUCUAACCACUUGGGCGCUCAAAGAUGUAUGGCAGUUAGAUAUCAGUUUCUACCAAUAUUGCGACAUUCCGGUAAGAGACUGACAGCACGAACGCCACUGAUAUCGAUCGGCCGCCAUUUCUUGCAACGUCUCCAGCCAAGCACGGACGGGGUCACGGGGCCCCCAUCCUGGAGGGCGUACAACACCAACAACACCCAAACUCUCCGUGAUCUCCUUCACGCCUUUCUGCUAAGUCAUCUGCUGUCCACCUCGUGGUUUGCACCACCCUGA